GCUCCGUCCUUCGCGGGAAGGAGUUUGUGGCGCCAGGGAAAAGUAGAUACAGCGCAGCGGCCGCAGCAGGGUCCUGAGGGUGUUCGGGGAACCCAGCAGAUCGGCACUUUCUGAAACUCUCUCUUGAGGGGAUCGUGACGAAGAUGUGGAAUAGUGGAUUUGAAAGCUAUAGCAGCUCCUCUUUUGGGGGAGCCGGCGGCUAUGCACAGUCCCCGGGGGGCUUUGGAUCGCCUACACCUUCCCAGGCCGAAAAGAAGUCUAGAGCCCGAGCUCAGCACAUUGUACCCUGUACCAUAUCUCAGCUGCUUUCUGCUACUCUGGUGGAUGAAGUGUUCAAAAUUGGAAAUGUUGAGAUUUCACAGGUCACUAUUGUGGGGAUAAUUAGAAAUGCAGAGAAGGCUGCGACCAACAUUGUUUACAAGAUAGAUGACAUGACAGCUGCACCCAUGGAUGUUCGCCAGUGGGUUGACACAGAUGAUGCCAGCGGUGAAAACACUGUGGUUCCUCCAGAAACAUAUGUGAAAGUGGCUGGUCAUCUGAGAUCUUUUCAGAACAAGAAAAGCCUGGUAGCCUUUAAGAUCAUGCCCCUGGAGGAUAUGAAUGAGUUCACCACACAUAUUCUGGAAGUAGUCAAUGCACACAUGAUGCUGAACAGGUCUCCCAGCCAGCCCUCAGCAGGGAGAGCACCUAUCAGCAGUCCAGGAAUGGGUGAAGCUGGGAACUUUGGUGGGAAUAACUUCAUGCCAGCAAAUGGCCUCACUGUGGCCCAGAACCAGGUGCUGAAUUUGAUUAAGGCUUGCCCAAGACCUGAAGGAUUGAACUUUCAGGAUCUCAAGAACCAGCUCCAACACAUGACCGUAGCCUCAAUCAAGCAAGCUGUGGACUUUCUAAGCAACGAGGGACACAUCUACUCCACCGUGGAUGACGACCACUUUAAAUCCACAGACGCGGAGUAGCUGGGUCUGACGGGGUCCCCGCACUGCUGCCCAGCUGGACCUUUUUCGCAUUUUGUUGUCUCCAGCUGUGCACGUCUGGCAUGUUGACUUCUAGGAAGUAGGUUUCCUCUGUAAAAGGUCUCAAUUGACAUCCUUUUGAAACUUACUACUCUUCUGUGUUUUUGAAGCUCAGAGGGAUGUGGGCAACUGACAGGGAUGUAAACCAGGGCAGAAUUUCUUGAAGAAGUUACAAAUGAGUCAGUUACAACAUCAGGAUAAGUGGAAUUGAAUUGGAAGAGGGAUGCUACCAAGGGAGUUGGGCAGUAUUACUUAAAUAAUCCUCAGGAGUUUCUAUUCCUAAAUCGUUUCCUGUUGAGAGAAGAUGAGCAGACCAAGAGCCUGUCAGCAGAGAGCUAGCCACCAAGCCCCUAACCUCUGCCUGUGUUUGUUCCUCACUUUGGUUACGUGUUACUUUCAGAAUUGCACUUUGUUUCACCUUGUCAUAAAUGCUGCCAAAAGUGUGUUUUUUAUAAACAUGAGGUUGUAGAGUGGCAGCUUCGUGGGGCAGAGGGGAGAAAGAAAUGUGUUUUGUACAAAAUAAGUACAUUCGUAUGUUUAAUAAAAUAGUUCUAUUAUUGCAGUAA